AUGCCGCCUCCAUUAGCAGGGUGUUUGAUUUGCGAAGGAAACUUGGAUGACACCGAGGAAGAGGAACGGAUACCCCAAGAAAGCUACGAGCAGAGCGCGGAGCCUGUUGAUUUGGAUGUUUUGAGGUUUUUUUUCGUAUAUUUUUUGAAGAGUAGAAGCCAAAAAAGUUAAAAUAAAGUAAACUCAAUGCAUGAUUGGAUUUGAAUGCAACUUUCAAGCUUAAAGGGAAGUUUUCAAAUUUAUAAUUUUUUUAAAUCGACAUAUAAAUAAAUAAAAUUUUUAAGAAAAGUCGAACCAUUUCGGAAAAUUGGAAAGUUUAAAAAUAUCAUUCAAAACUUUUCCAACGAUUAGCUCAACAGUCAUUCGCGAAAAUGAGAGCGCUAAAAAAAGUUCAUAAAAAAAGUGCAAAGUGUCUCGAAAAAAACAAUAAAGUGAUAAGCUAUCCAUGGAUACAAUACGUUAAGCUGUCAAAAAAAUAUUUGCUUGAAAGAUUAGGAACAAAAAAAGUAUUUUUACCUCAUUUAUUUUUUUGAGUUCUACAGAAUUUUUUUAAAAGUUUUUCUGCUUUUUCCUUUUAUGAAGUUGAACUUUUUUUUAAAAUCUCUGAACUGAAUCGAAAUUUUGUCCAAAUUUGCUCGAAUAACAAAUAUCUUUUUUUGUUUUUUUCUCACGCUCCACCUUUUGGAAGAAAAACUGGUUUAUCCUUUCAAUAAAGCUUUUUUUCAUUGUUAAGAGUUCAACGAGUGUUGAAAACUAGAAUACAAUGUUACUUUGAAGCUCGAGGGAAUUGUUUGCAGAAAGCAUCUGGUGGAGCGCCACUCGCGGUUCGUCGCGACCUCGUUUCUCAAUCCGAACUUGGCGGACGCCAUGUACAUGUGGCUGUUGUCAUGCGCGCGCUACGAGAUGCCCGUUUUGGAAGACGAGGAGGUGGAAGAGGACGAAGACGUCGACGAGGAGACGCCUUGUUCGGCCGCCGACGUCGAUGACCUCAAGGACGAAAACCCUGUAUGUCUCUUUCCACUUGCAAUCGUCGCCGAGGCCGACCGACCCUUUUUUGUGCCUGUUUCAGUUUGA